AUGUUACAGUCUCGCAAAUUUUACCUUUCUCUCGUCGGCGUCGUUGCAUGGUCAAGCACGGCUGCCGACUCAAUCUUGUCUAUUCUGGAGGCAGCAUCGUUUUCUUCGGCUCAAUCGUCCCUGGUCAACAUUGCUGCUGUGGCAGGCACGGUCGACGUUGUCUCUCUCUGCUGCGUUGGCUUCUACAUGUUCCACAAUGUAGGGGAUGUCCGCGGAGCUCUAGAACGAUCAGGCCGGGCAAGAAAGGCUCUUGUAGCCCUCAGCGUCCUUAUCUCAGGCGCUGCGCUGGUACUUUCCCUCAUCCUGAUCAUCAUGAUCAAGUCAAGAUGGGCAGAAGUUACUGCUGGCCCCCUCAGUGGACCAGUCUCAGACUGGGACAGCCAUGUCUCAGGUCAAAUAGCAGCCUGGGCCAUCUCCUGCUCCAGUCAGAUUAUCCUCUAUACUUCGUCCCUGUGGAACCGCAAGACACCUAAAGUGCAAACCGUCGUCACAUCAGGCCCUCGUGACUCAGUCAUGAGUGAGCUGCGAACUUCACGCCCAAACAAUGUCCACUUCGCAGAGCCAGUCCAACCUUCGUCCCCUUUGGCCGCUCACCAGCAACCUGAGAUUCUAGGAGCCUUGCCCUCGCCUACCUUCUCCACUCGCUCAUCACAGUCACUCAAAUCUUUCAGAGAUUCUCUUCGUCACGUGGUCCGUCCAGUCACAUCGCGUACCACUCUCAUCAGCCAGAAGUCCUUCACCAAAGACGCCCCAGUCAGCAUUUAUUCGAAUCGGCAGUCAAUCGAUACCAUCUCCCAUUCAGAUGGUUUCGAUAGUUGGGACACAAGCAGCGUGAGUCUUCCAGCACGCGAUGUCGUUCUGCAAGCAGCACCAUCAAGAGGCACAACUUUGGAGCCGAUUCCCGGCAGUCGCCCGAAUUCGCCUGCGCGUGCAUUGGACGGUCCAUUCCUUUCAGAGCUUCCAGAGGAGGAGGAUGAAGACUUGGCCCCACCUCCCAGGAUGAUGCCAGACAUUUCGCGUCCUCCUAGUCCGGCAUGCAGCGAGGCUCAUAUCCAUCCACUAUUCAGGUCAGAAAGUCCGUCUGGUCUGCCACCUCCUGCAGCAACGCCUGGUACCAGCAUUAUGGCCAGCCCAUACUCAAACCAAGCCAUAGCAUGCCCUCCACGCUCAUUUAACCGGAUGAGGUCGAGCAGUAACCUCAGCCAAACUGCAGUAGGCCCUCCCUCUCUUCAUCAGGCCAGAAGCUUCACUCGCGAACGUGCGGCAAGCAUACAGUCCAAGUCUAGGAGUCCAUCUCCUCCUAGUCGGGCAAUGACACCUCCGAUUCCUGAUUUCGUGCUCAACUCCUCUCCACGAAGCAGCAUGAGCGGCUCCCGUCGAGUCGCCUUGCAAUACUCUCCAGAUCGAUGA